UUCAAGAGAAAAGAACAAAAUCGCGUAAAGAUUGAAUGUGUGGGAGGUGAUCUUCGCCAACAAACAGACAAAGUAAAAGAGUUGUGUAUUCAAAAAAGUGUAGAUACAAAAAAAGUGAAAAUUUUGUAUAUUUUUUUUUACAAAUAUAUAUAUUUUUUUGAAAAAUAUCUAAAAUAAAUUAUGAAAACUCAAUUCCCGAAGGUUUUGUGAAUCUCGUGUAAAUUAAAGUUAAAAAAAAAAAACACAAGAAAAUGAUCAAAAGUGAAGAAGUCAUGGAUACCAAUGGCGGCCAUUCCUCCAGCCACAAUGGCUUACAUCACACCCAUCACUCCACACAUUUACCUCAUCACCAAAGCAUUUAUCGCAACUUGCCCUCAAACAUCAUAUCCGCCACGAAUUUCAACCCUCUCGCGUACGGCGAACAAACCGCCAUGCUGCGCAUGCCACAGGAAUCCCCUGAACUUCAGGAGGAGAAACCCGACCUCAAUUAUCUUGAUCGUAAAUACUAUGCGACCAUGAUGACUCAACAGCAGCCCGUGCUCGUCUCGGAAGCAGCCUCAUACGGUCUCACAUCGCUGCACACCAUGUGUGCCUCACCACAUACAACGCCUGAAAAUGACAUUGGCAUAUUGAUGCCAUCCUCACCGAACUCAUCGCCACACAACGAAGGUAUUGGCGGUGGCCUUAAAGUGCCGCCGGAAGCUGCUAAUCUACAGCAUUACGCGACGACCGCACAAAAUCGCGUCAUCUCCUCAAAAAUGGUGGACUUGAGCCAACAAUUGAAUUCACAUUAUACGCCCACGAUAAAAUAUUGUACGAGCAAUACGAUUUUCAACACCUCAGAGUAUUUGCCAAGCAACGAACAUGAACAUCCGCCGUCAACAACAUCCGCCCUACCUGUCGUCUCUGCGGCGACUGCUAAUUCCGGUGAUAUUUUGACACAAUCUUUGCAACGCCUGCCAAAUGUUGGCAUGCCAGGUGCAGGUGUGUCUUGUGCGUCAACAUCGUCGGGUGUUAUCACCAGUUCGCAUAGCGUUUCGGGUGAAUUAUGUUCCACAACCGAGACGAUGUCCUAUUCGAAUAGUUCCUCGCCGGCUAAGUCGGUGCAUAGUAAUCAGAGUGAUGGUGAUGGUGGUGGUGGUGGUGGUGUUGGUUCACUGCAGCAGCAACAGCAACAGCAACAACAGUCGAAUGCGUCUUCUACGCGUGAGCUUACACCACCGGAUACGACGAAAAAAUCCGGUGCCAGACGUCCUGAGAAACCCGCUUUGAGUUAUAUAAAUAUGAUUGCGAUGGCAAUUAAAGAGUCGCCAACGGGAAAAUUGACGCUUAAUGAAAUUUAUGGUUUCCUGCAGAAGAGAUUCGAAUUCUUUCGCGGUUCAUACGUGGGCUGGAAGAACUCCGUACGACACAAUCUUAGCCUAAAUGAGUGCUUUAAAAAGUUGCCAAAGGGCAUCAGCGUGGGCAAACCCGGCAAAGGCAAUUAUUGGACUAUCGAUCAGAACUCUGCAUAUAUGUUUGAGGAUGAGGCUAGUUUGCGGAGACGACCAAGAGGCUAUCGGUCAAAGCUUAAAGUUAAACCCUAUCCAAGCACAAAUGGUUUUUACACUACGUCCUCCUAUGAUCCGAGUAUGGACAACGCCAACUUCUAUGCCACACAACCGUAUGCCUCCUAUGAGUACGCAACUAGUAGUGCUGCAGCCGCCGCACCAUUUACGGAUUCCUGGAAUUCACACGCCGCCCAUACGCAGACUCUGCCGCAGUAUUCGAAUAUAGCCGCUGCCUCAUCGGUGUUGCAUGGUAGCAACAAUAGCGGCACACCACCCUUGGCGCACACACUAGCCUCGUCGGCUUUGGUGAGCAGUACGGGCAGUCCUACGCAUGCCACUUCUGCGUCGCUUCAAAGCUCAAAUCCCGGCUUGGAUUAUGCGACAGCAACCAUGGUGGCCGCCAAUUACCCAUAUGGUAGUACGACUGGCGGUGGUGGAAGCAUUGGAGGUGCCGUUGGCGCCACUUAUGGUCUUGAUAAUGGCCUGCGCUCGAUGACACUCUCGCACAUGCAUCAGCAUCAACAACAGCACCAGCAGCAGCAGCAACAACACCAUUCAACGAUGACACCACCACCGCCACCGCUACCGCCCAGCUCAAUGAGCAAUUCAACGCUUAUUGAUCGGAAACCCAUAUUUCUACCCUCGAUGACGCCACCUACUUCCAGCGCGUUGUCAACGCCUCCACUGCAUCACCAGCACAUGGUUGGGAGCAACAACGGCGGUGGUGGGGGCUAUUAUGAGCAUAUAAAAUUUUCAAACUAAUAGCUAAAUGAAUGUACAUGAUUUUAUGCAUACAUAUACACCAAUGAUAAUUACCAAAUAAUCCUUGAAAGGAUACAUUUUUUUAAGGUUAGAAUUUACACUCUUUUUUUUGGUUUUAUUUAUGAAGAGAAUUUGAUUUUCA